UCAGGUGUGUAUGUAUUGAUCAUUUACCUGGUUCACAAUUUUAUCAUUCUGGUAACGGGUAUGCAGAGGAAGGUUUGAGGCAAACAAAUCAAGACAGAAAAUAAUGCAAGAAUUAAUACUGGCGUGAGAAGUUAAAAAUAUAUCUCGACUCGAAGCCUUAUGUACAAUUAAUUAUACAAACACAUACCAAGAGUUACAGCACAUUGACUUGAGUGUGUAGAUGAUACGAUGAAACUCCUAAUCACAACUAUAUCUCUACUCCAUAUUCUUGUAGCAGUGUCUGGAAACAGUGAGGAAACAUAUACAUUUGGAAAGGACUGUUCUGUGUCCCUUGAGCAUGUAAAUGAAGACAAAACAUUCAUUGCUGUAUACAAUGGACAACAUGAUUUAGACAGCUGGUGUGAUUACAUGUCGUUUAGUGGGAGAGAUGAUGGAUAUCUGAAUGAAUAUGAGAUCUGUAUAACACCGGAGUUUUAUGAGGACCCUGAUUGUGCUGUAGAGUUAACUUACAGGGAGCAUUAUGAUGGUACACCAUUGAAGACAUAUACAUGUUCUGACAAACCGGAAACGAAAUAUUGUGGAGAACAAGAUGAAUACAUGUAUAUUUAUUUAUCUCCUAAAAGACCCAAUAAUCUUCAGAAUGUUCGUAUAAAACUGAAAAUUGAAGCUGUUAAGACCUACGAUUACUAUAAAACCAUUGGAAUUAUAAUAGGCUGUGUUAUUGGUGGCAUUUUGUUAAUCUCUAUUAUCAUUGGAGUGAUUAUAUGUAUCACAUGUAGAGGACGAAGAUCACCAGGACAAAUCAUGAACCCAGGAACUGGAGUAACGAUGGCUCAAUAUCAGUCUCCUAAUGCAUCGUAUCCAUCACAACCAGCUGGAAAUUAUGCACCACCACCAACAGGAAGUUAUCCAACUCAACCAACAGGAAACUAUCCCCCUCAACCAACAGAAAGUUAUCCUUCACAACAAACCGGAAAUGAUUCAUCUAAUACCCCAUCUGCGCCUGCAUUUACUGGCUACACAUACAAUUCUCCUCCACCAGCCUACACAGAUGUUUCAAAAACGUAGAUCAAUACAAGCAUAUACAUGUAUUCAAAAUUGUGACCAUGAACUCCACUUUGCAUUCUUUUUAAUGAAUAGUCUUUAUGUUUUAUUUGUAUAAGUAAUCCAAAUCAUCUCCACGCUAUUGUGUAAGAAUAUAAACAAUUGAAUUAUGUUAAAAAGCUAUAAAGUGUAAAAAGUUGUUUUUAAUUAUACGCCGUCAUGCAUUUAUUUCAUGAUGACAUAUAUACAUUUAAGUUAAAGAGCAAGCAUUUAUUAAACCUUUGAUCUUAUAAUUUUAUAUGCAGUUAAUUAAAAUAAAGUCAAAAUACAGGCGUUAAUUAUAUUCUAAGUGUAAAAAAUUCUAUUGAAGUCUUUUGAAAACUUAAUUAUAUUAGUUAACCCGGUUGUCAAUUACGAUUUGUUUUAGCCAUGUUCAGAUUUUAUGUUGUCUUAUUUUUCUUAUUCAUAUUGAUAGUAACUUCGUAUCUCAUGCAAACUGCGGAUAUGUGUUUAACAGUUAUGAAUUGCCUUUCAUGGAAACUGUAAGUUAAAAAUUCGGACAAAUUAAUCGACAUUUAAAAAAAAAAAAAAUAGCAGAUACCUAGAUGAUGUACUUACUGUUGAUAAUCCCAAGUUCAUUAUACAUGCUAGAUAGAUUUAUCCAAAAGAUUUAAGCAGAAUAAAGCUACUUUUAACAAUCAAUAUUGUCAAAUUUGUAACGUAAUUGUUUGGUAUAACAUUUUAUAAUUUAAUUUAAAAUAUUUAAUUUUGCAAUCACAAAUCCAUUUUUUUUUUACAAUGAUGUUCGUUUUCCCGUAUUCUAUGCUCCGGAAUGUAAGCAGAUCAUGCGCCGCUAGUGGCAUUCGAAGUACAAUUCGGUAAUCAGUCUCAUGUGGUUGUAACGGGGUAUUUACUCAGUCAAAAACAAUAAACGAUUGUAUACGAGUUUGUUUCUUUUAAUACACAAUGUUUUGACCCUUUAACAUAUAAAAUAACAAAUAAUAGAUAUUCACAUGACAAGACAGUACAUGUAACAUAAACUGGAAAAGGGGAAUAACUAAUCAUUCCUAUCAAAUAUCUAUAUAUUCAAACAAGCCCUUUAAGCACAAAAAUCUAAGUCGUUAGUUAACCUUCCAAUACAAUAUUCACAUGUAUCUCAUCAUAAUAACUAAUUAUGUACAUUUCGAAUCUCUUAAUAUCAAUUUUAUAAAUGAAUUUGUAUACAAAUAUAAAUAAGAAGAUGUGGUAUGAGUGCCAAUGAGACAACUCUCCAUCCAAGUCACAAUGUAUAAAAAGUAAACAAUUAUAGGUGAAAGUACGGCAUACAACAGCAUACAAAUUCUGAUCAACAUAAAAAUAUCACAUAAACUACACUUCACAUAAACAGAAAAUUACUUAAAUAAAACAAGACAGCACAGACAUAAACAACAUAGAACACAAUGGCUACCAUGUAUAUGGUACAUAGGUCAGUGUAUUGAUUUCGAAAUAUCACAGUGCUGUGUGUAAUUACAUGAGCAUUACUCAAGGUACAUGUAUUCCAUAUCCUGAAUAGAUAAUAAUAUAACAUUCACAAGUCUGGAAACUACGAUGUGACUAUUUCCUCAAUUCAACAAAAUACACAACUACAAUUAAAAUAUGUAGUUUCAGAGUUGAGUCUUUAUUAUUCAAUUACCAAUUUUAUCUAUCUAUGACUUUUAAUGUAACUUUAUAACAUUUAUAAGUACUAAAAAGUUUUAUAUUAAAAGUUGUAAUAUGA